CAGGCCAGGAGUUACCAAGGUUUCCAAGCGAUGGGGUGUCUGGUUUCUAGAAUGGCACUAACCCUGACUCCCGCCCCAUUUCUUUUUUUCUGCCGCCACCUCUGCCUUCUCUUUGGACUGGGUAGGAUGCAGGCUGUAUGAAGAAAAAAAAUCCGUAGUUCACCUUCUGGAAACCUGAGACCAAGAAAAGGAAGGACCAUUUUGCUAAAUAAAAAAUCUUCUUGGUGAAAACAUUUAUCUAGUCUUGUUUACCAUAGCAUUACGAAUAUGUAACUGCUUUUUAGUCCAGACGAGUUUCGUUCCAGAUGAAUAUUGGCAGUCUCUUGAAGUUGCACAUCACAUGGUUUUCAAUUAUGGUUAUUUGACCUGGGAAUGGACAGAAAAAAUAAGGGGUUACACUUACCCUUUAAUCUUUGCAAGCAUUUACAAGGUUCUGCAUCUUGUGGGGAAAGAUAGUGUUCAAUUGCUGAUUUGGAUUCCUAGACUUGCCCAAGCACUUCUGUCUGCUGUAGCAGACAUAAGGCUUUACUCAUUAAUGAAGCAAUUAGAGAAUCAGCAAUUGGCAAGAUGGGUGUUUUUUUGCCAGUUAUGCUCUUGGUUCACAUGGUAUUGCUGUACCAGAACUCUUACAAACACCAUGGAAACUGUUCUCACUAUAAUUGCUCUUUUCUACUACCCUUUGGAAGGUUCAAAGUCUAUGAGCAGUGUCAAGUACUCAUCCCUGGUGGCACUUGCCUUCAUAAUUCGUCCCACAGCUUUGAUUCCAUGGAUACCUUUACUCUUCAGACAUUUCUGGCAAGAACAGAGAAAGCUUGAUCUUAUUCUACAUAAGUUCUUACCUAUAGGAUUUGUCACUCUGAGUUUGUCUCUGAUAAUUGAUCGUAUUUUUUUUGGUCAAUGGACUUUGGUUCAAUUUAAUUUUUUGAAAUUUAACGUGCUGCAGAAUUUGGGAGCAUUUUAUGGUUCUCAUCCAUGGCAUUGGUACUUCAGUCAAGGAUUUCCAGUUGUCUUGGGUACUCACUUACCCUUCUUUAUUCAUGGCUGCUUUCUAGCCCCAAAGAAAUACCGGAUACUUUUGGUGACUGUGCUGUGGACACUGUUAGUUUAUAGCAUGUUGAGUCACAAAGAAUUCAGAUUCAUCUAUCCAGUUUUACCAUUUUGUAUGGUGUUCUGUGGGUACUCACUAAACCACCUGAAAACGUGGAAGAAACCAGCUCUAAGUUUCCUGUUUUUGUCAAAUAUGCUUCUUGCCGUCUACACUGGUUUAGUUCAUCAACGAGGUACCCUUGAUGUCAUGACUCAUAUUCAAGAACUCUGUUACAACAACCCCAAUAAAUCUUCAGCUUCAGUAUUUAUAAUGAUGCCCUGCCACUCUACUCCUUAUUAUAGCCAUGUGCACAACCCGCUUCCAAUGAGGUUCCUUGAGUGUCCCCCAGACCUGACUGGAAAAAGUCAUUAUCUUGAUGAAGCAGAUAUAUUUUAUUUAAAUCCCUUAAACUGGCUAUAUAAGGAGUUUCGCAAUGAUUCUACAUUGCCUACUCACUUGCUCAUCUUCAGCGUUUUGGAGGAGGAAAUAAGUGCUUUCCUAAUUUCCAACAACUAUGAGAGAACUGCUGUUUUCUUCCAUACUCAUUUGCCAGAGGGACGAACUGGAAGUCACAUAUAUGUCUAUGAACGGAAGUCGCCAAAAAGGAAACUCAACAGAAGAUGAUGAAAUUCUGAACUGUGUUUAGAUCUUUCAUAGAGAAACAUAUUUCUCGGGUAGAUAUUUUCAGAUGCUGCUUAACUAUGCUAGUAAACGUAGAUUUAUGGAACUAGCAGUGCUUUACUGAAUAUCACUACUGAGGAAAUGUAUGGGGGGAAAAAUCACAAAAUAUAAAACCGCAUAUUAAAACAAGGCCAGAUUUUAAAUAAACACCUUUAGUUUUCCUCA